CACCACAGAAAGUGAACCCAACCCAACACAGGCUGCAGUGCAGAACCCAGGUGGUUAAACGUAUUUAAUUUUCCCAACCUUCAAGUCCACGUCCAUGUGCGACCCAGCACUCCUGCUUCCAUCCCUUCUCAAUUCCCCAAACUUUCAACUGGUUUUACCUUCAUCUCCAUAUUUUUAAUUCAUGGGUUCGCCGAAUAAGCCCCAGUAAAUCCACAACAACGGACAAAGUGCGGCCUCCAAUCUCAGGUCAAGAGAAAUGACCUCCGUUUCAGCUUCCAGGUAUUUGAUAGCUAUCGCUCUCCUCCUCCUGUAUUUCGAAAUUGUAUACGCCGACUUCAACGUCUCCUUUGCUUCCGAAAAAGUUGAUAAAGGUCCAAACUUUGAGUCUCUGUUUGCUUUUUAUGGUGAUGCUAAGUUUGUUAGCGGCCAUGAUAAGUCAGUACAGUUAUCUGGUUCAGUUGCUCCUAGUGCUGGGACAGUCUUGUAUAAAGAACCCAUUAAGCUUUUUGAACGUAAUUCAAGAAAGAUGGUGUCUUUUGUUAUGAACUUUGUCUUUUCCUUGUCAAGUGAAAAUGGGGAUGGUUUAGCUUUUGCGAUGUCUCCUAUGGGUAAUCCAGUACAUGUGUUUAACGGUGGCUCAUCUGGAGUUUUGGCUGCCGGGAGCAAAGUAAAGUUCCUUGCUGUUGAAUUUGAAACUUCGAGGAAUAACAGGUACGGUGAUGUCAAUGGAAAUAAUGUUGGGGUUGGCUUAGCUAGUCUUAUUUCUGUUAAAAUUAGCAAUUUUUCAUCUGUUAAUUCGAGUUUGAGCAGUGGGGAGAAACUGCAGAGUUGGAUUGAUUACGAGGCAAAUUCAAAGAGAUUAGAAGUGAGGUUGGCUAAAUUAGGUGAAAAAAAGCCUCUAAACCCAAUACUUUUCUACCCCGUUGACUUGUCAAGAAUGUGGGACAAAGCUGAAGUGCUUUUUAGCUUAAGCUCAGCAAGUGGGAAUUCGUCACAUAAAUGUAAUUUGUAUUCAUGGAGCUUGAAGCUCAGGAGUAUUCCAAAUUGGAUGCACUCGGAGCCGUUGGAUCCUGCCGCAUUUGUGGAGAGGAGAAAAGAGCCGAAGGUCCAUGAGAAAAGUGAUUGUGCCUUGAGAAUCCUGGCAGCGCUGAUGUUUGGCACUGGAUGUGGAGCUUUGGGGGCAUUGCUUGUGUUGUUUAUAUGGACUCUACUGGGCUAUAAGCGUCCUGUGGUGCCAGAGGAUUAUGUAGUGCGACCUGUGGGGUUUGAGUACGCGAAACCCAUCAGAGAUGGUAAGAAUCAACUAGGUGCUUGACUAGGUGAAAUCAGUCGAGUUCUUAUCAGUUUGUUUGUAAAUCCUGCUAAAUUUUUGUGCUGGUAUCUGUAAUAUUAUUGCAUGGCUGUAAUUUCAUGAUCAAUCAUCAAAAUGUAGUUCUGCUAGCAAUUUCUCAGCGUUAUGAUCAUCAAAAUACAGCUCACAUUUAGUUGAUGAAAUUUGAGAGCUACUUCUGUAUAUGAUCUAUAAAAUGGGUCAAGGCCUCGUAGACGUUAGAUGAUCCA